UCCACAGAACACGCUACCAGUGCUGGUUGAGUAGUUGGUCCGAUAAACCUAUGAUUUUUGUACGGCAUCAUUGACGGCGGAACUUAAAAAAAAUAUAAUAAUAUAUUCAUCUAUUGCAGUCGGUGUAUUAUUAUAAUAUAAUAUUAUAUUAUAUUAUUAUACACGCCCGAGAAGAGCGAUCGACCUGUACAGUAGUCAGUUUUCCGCGGGAUAGAUUCGUUUGUUUUUCCGCGGGCAAGCCGGACUCGCACAAUACACUCGUCUCUUCACACAUUAUACCAUCAUGGAGUACAUGAACGUGUUCCGGAUUGUUGCGCUUAUUAGCGCUCUAUGCAUAAACGGGAACUUGGCGUUCACAUCCGGCGACGAUAAGUUCAUAAAAAAAUACGCCAUGAUGAAGGUGUACGAGAACUGUUUCGGGCCGGAAGUGGUGAAAGAAGUGCGGAAGGAAAUGAAAAUCGCCACGGCCAAGUGCAACGGCAACAUGCCCAUGAGUGUACCUACGCCCAACAUGGGCUCUUUGAAACUGGCCGCGGUGCCGUCAAGCAUACACGAGUUUAGCACCGGCGCACACCACCAGCAGAACCAGCACCAGGCCAAGCCGCAAGAGGAGACGCCGUUCAGCAAGACGCAGCCUAGUGGCAUUGACAUAACGAAACUUCAGCAAGCCAUUCUGGCCGGAUACAACAAGCACCUGCAGCAACAGUCUUCUCAUCAGUCGUACUCGCAGUCGGCAUCUGCGGCAUCGGCAUCGCAUCUCCAACCGCAACCGCAACACCAACAGCAACCGCAACACCAACAGCAACCACAACCGCAGCAGUACAUCAAACCGUGGACGUCCGCGGGAUCGUCGUCGGCGUUCUUGGACCAACAGCCAUCGUACAUGACCAACGCUCUGUUCUACCCGCCAAACGCGGCGCCAAACGCGGGCAACGACAUGUACCUGCCGAGAAUAUCCACCGUCCCGCAGCAGCCCUACCCCGGACCGUACCCCAUGAUGAACGCCGGUCAAAUGUACCAGCCGUACUAUCAACCGUUCUACCCCACGCACCGGACUUCGAGAGUCGGAGGUUUUGACGUCCGCAACCAGAUGGACACGAUGGCUGCCAAAAUGACCGGAAAGAUCCGAAACGUUACGUGCGUCAUGCAGGAACUUGGUUACCUCAACCAAAACAUGGAACCAGACUACGAAAACAUGAACGACAGAGUGAUGAGGCUACCGAUCGCCGAAGAACUUAAACAAGACAUGGUCGACGGCAUUACGUAUUGCAAGAAGUUUUCGAUGUGCGUACCGGACGAGAGGAAAGACAAGUUCGCCAAAGAGUUAGUGCGGCCGAUGUUCUUUUUCAAAUGCUAUAAACAUAAAAAGUUGGAGUCAUGUAUAAUGAAGGAUAUCAGAGACCGUUACACUGCAGAAGAAUUCGGCGAAGACAACAUGACGUCCGAACGAUCGAUGAGAAGCUCACAGUACUUGGAAGACGAUACUAUUGAACAGACGGUGUUCGAUUACAUUUACGGUGACAAGUCCAUAGACUUAGACGUUUUGCUGUGAGCCGAUACGCAAGUGUUUAUCAACAACUAGAAAUGCUCAACCGCGUCGUCUGUCACACAAAAAAAAAUCUGUCAUCCGCGUCCUAGAAAGUCAAAUUAUAUACGUUAAAAAGUAUAAUUUAUUUUUCAAUACGUUUCCUUAAGAUAUAGCCUGUAAGAGAUUAAUUUAUUAUUGUGUACGUUGGUCCUGGUUUUAAAACGCUACUAAAGAUAAUUAAAGUAAAACCAGCAGUGGCGUUUCGAAAUCAGAACGAACUCUCGAUCAGAAUAUUAUUUAUGUAGGUAUUUAUUUUAAUUUGUCAAGCUUACUAUAAUUUAUUUAUAAUGAAAUAUUAGUUUAAUAUAAAAAUAUAUUAUAACAUAUUAUAUACCUAUAUUAUGUAAA